AGCAGACGGCGUGGGUCUGGUGCUCCGGCACCCGGCGAGUGCGUAUCGGGCCCGUGGUGGCCCCGGUCGCGCGCGGCGAUGCUGACCCCCGCGUUCGAGCUGAGCCAGGACAGCGACUUCCUCACGGUCGCCAUCCGCAUCCCGCACGCGCGCGCCUCCGAGUUCGACGUGUACUUUGAGGGGGUGGACUUCAAGUUCUACGCCAAGCCGUACUUUCUGAGAUUAACACUUCCUGGAAGGAUCGUAGAAAAUGGAAGUGAGCAGGGGUCCUAUGAUGCAGAUAAAGGAAUUUUUACCAUUCGAUUACCAAAGGAAACUCCUGGCCAGCGUUUUGAGGGGCUGAACAUGUUAACUGCUCUUCUGGCCCCAAGAAAAUCCAGGUCUGCAAAACCACUUGUGGAAGAAAUAGGUGCUUCUGGGGUUUCUGAGGAAGGAGCUGACGAUGAGGAUGCAGAGUUUGACUGGGAAAUUGAGCAGACUCCCUAUGAAGAGGUCUCAGAAAGUGCUCUGCUCUCACAGUGUCACUACGGAUUUGGAAACCUGCGAGCAGGUGUGGUUCAGCGGUUACAGGAUGAACUGAGUGAAGUUAUUGAUAUUAAGGAUCCAGAUUUUACUCCUGUGACUGAACGAAGGCAAAAACGUUUAGCUGCUGAGCUGGCCAAAUUUGACUCCGAUCAUUAUUUAGCUGACUUCUUUGAAGAUGAGGCUGUUGAGCAGAUUUUGAAGUACAGUCCUUGGUGGAAUGAUGCACAUGCGGAAAUGAUGGCCUCUUUGGGAAAGAGCCAAGAGCAAGGAGAUGAUACUGCAUUGGUGUCUUUUUCAGAAGAGGAAAAAUAUCAGCUAAGAAAAUUUGUGAAUAAGUCUUACCUGCUGGACAAGAAAGCUCACCGUCAAGUGUACUACAGUUUAGUUGACAUCCUUCUGGCCUAUUGUUAUGAAAUACGCGUCACUGAAGGAGAGCACAAUGUUGAGUCUGCGUGGACUAUCAGAAAACUGAGCCCAACUCUCUGCUGGUUUGAGACUUGGACAGAUGUUCAUGAAAUCCUGGUGUCUUUUGGAAGGAGAGUUUUGUGCUAUCCACUUUAUCGUCAUUUCAAGCUGGUGAUGAAGGCCUACAGAGACACUAUAAAGAUACUGCAACUAGGUAAAAGUGCAGUUUUAAAGUGUCUCCUGGAUAUUCACAAAAUCUUUCAGGAAAAUGACCCAGCAUACAUUUUGAAUGAUCUCUACAUCUCAGACUACUGUGUGUGGAUUCAGAAGGCCAAGUCUAAAAAGUUGGCUGCCCUCGCAGAAGCCAUGAAAGCAGUCUCCCUCAGUAAGGCCCAGCUGGGGUUAGAGCUACAAGAACUGGAAGCUGCUGCACUUCUUGUUCAGGAGGAAGAAACUGCCGGAAAGGCAGCACAGUGUGGUCCCACACAGCAGGCUCCAGGCUCCAGUCCGGAGUCCAGUGACUCAGACAGUACCACAUCGUCUGACACAGAAGACUCAGCUUCAGAGCAAGAGGAGCUUGUUGGGACUGAACCCUUACUGCUCACUUCUCCGCAAGCCCCCCUUUUGGAAGAGGAUAGUUCCCUGCUGAGCCAGGAGAGCGGGCUCUGCAGAAACAUGGCCAGCCAGGAGUGUGAAGUCAGUCAAGGGCAGACCCGGGCUCCUCUGAUAGAGGAGGUUGGGGAUGAGCUAAGGACCACACUUCAGGUUUCCACACCUCCUGAUGUCAGUGCUGGGAGCCACAGCAGCAUGCAGGAUGGAGAGGAGAGUGGACAGGUACUCGGUGAUUGACUCACAAUGGUUGUU